AUGGCAUCUAAGGGGAAGGAAAAGAUGAAAUCUAAGAAGAAAAAACAAUCUGUUCCAACUUCCUCAAGUAUGACAAAUAUGAGUCAUCCUCUUCCUCAUCCUCCUAAGUCGACUUUAUUGCCAUCUACCAUGUUCACUAUCCCCCCUCCAUCUAAUGAUUCAGUUCAGUAUUAUUCUAUGCCUGCCAAAGGCAGUCAAAGUAACACCGUUUUUAACUUUGUACCCACACCUUCUAUACCAUCAUCUUCACCUGGCUUUCAUGGUAGUCAGCAUGGUGGCUCACCAGCUGCUGCACCCCCGGGCUUUUAUGGUAGUCAGCAUACUGGCUCACCAGCUGCUGCACCCCCGAGCCUUUAUGGUAGUCAGCAUACUGGCUCACCAGCUGCUGCACCCCCGAGCUUUCAUGGUAGUCAGCAUACUGGCUCACCAGGUGCUGCACCCCUGAGCUUUCAUGGUAGUUUGCAUGAUGGUUUGUCUUUUGUUGCUCCAUCAUCUUCCAGUCCAUCAUCAUCAUCCAUUCCCAGCAUAUCUAGGUUGGAUAUUGGAGGCUCUCGCCCAGCUACAUCUAGUGCUGCUUCUGCCAUCUAG